UACUAUGUGCAAAUACAUACUUCAUUUUCCAUGGACACACAGUAACAUACAAAAAUGACAGGAUCAUAUGAUUGAUAAUAAUUCAUAAGUAGACAGGCCAUGAUUUGAUUAAACCCAUUUUUUAGAUAAUGUAUAAAAUCGAACAUUUGCUUCAACAGAAACUACAACAUAAUUUGACCAAACCUGGAAGACUGAAACUGAUACUCUGAAAGUAACCCCACAGGGGCACUACCAUUGGCAUGAUGCCCUUACAAUAUUUCUCACAAAUCCUCUAUAAAUUCUCACCUUUGCCAAAUGCCAACCAUCAAGCCAUCAAGCAGAGAGCAAGCAGUUGGCACACAGACACCUGUGUCUCCUACCCUAACUCUCUCAAACCAAAACAUCAAAAAAACCAAGAAAAAAGCACAAGCUCACACACAAACACAUGGAGCUCAACUUCCAAGUGCAACCUCCAGUGUUCCAGCUGCAAGACUACUGCUACUACUACAGCCAAGAGGUGGCGGCGGCGGCGUCGCCGGCGGCGAAGCCGACGAAGCCGCGGGGGAGGAAGAAGGGCAGCACGAGCCACAGCAAGUUCGUCGGCGUCCGGCAGCGGCCGUCGGGGCGGUGGGUGGCGGAGAUCAAGGACACGACGCAGAAGAUCCGCAUGUGGCUCGGCACCUUCGAGACCGCCGACGCCGCCGCGCGCGCCUACGACGAGGCCGCGCGCCUCCUCCGCGGCGCCGAGGCGCGCACCAACUUCGCGCCACGCAUCUCGCCGGACUGCCCGCUCGCCGUCCGCAUCCGCGGAAUCCUCCACCACAAGAAGCUCAAGAAGGCCAGGUCCGCCGCCGCGGCCACGGCCGGCUCCCCCGGCGCCGCAUCCAAGAAGAGGUCCACCACGGCGGCGGCGGCGGCGGCCACUCCGACGAUCACAACCACAAGCAAUAGCAAUAGCGAUGGUGCGGGUAGUGCUUGUGGUGGCUCGAGCAGCAGCAGCAGCAGCACGGACAGCUGCGACGGCGCCGUGAAGCAAGGCGGCGGCGGCGGCGGCGCACCAACGGACGCCAGCGAGGUGUACCGGCCGGACUUCGUCCACGCGGGCGCCGAGGAGUUCGAUUCUUGGAUGUUCGACACGGCGUUCGGCCCGUUCCCAGAGCUGGACAGCUUCGCCGCCGUCGACGCCGUCACGCCACCGCCAGCAACGGCGUCGCCGGAGGAGUCAAGCGCCGGCACGCCGCCGGUCGAGAUGGCGGAGUUCGAGCGGAUAAAGGUGGAGCGGCGGAUCUCGGCGUCCCUGUACGCCAUGAACGGCCUGCAGGAGUACUUCGACAAGGUGUUCGACGCGUCCGCCUGCGACCCGUUCUGGGAUUUCUCGCCACUGUGCCAUUAGCGCGUGUGUGUCUCACCUCCGGCCGCCGUCGCCGCCGGCGGCAGCCGGCGUAUGUGCUUCCUUCGCCGACUCGCCGUCGUCGUUCUUGCUCUUUUGUUGCCUCCUGGAUCAGCUGUACCCAUGCAUGUCCAUGUAAGCUCAAUUGGUUUUUUGCUGCAGCCAGGCAGUGCAGUUUCAAAGAGGAAGAUGAUUCUACUUGUUUCGAGUUGGACAAUUGGUUAUUUUUUCUGUGCAAUUUGCUUUAGUUUUUCACUUCAGGAUAGAUUAGAGAUUCUAUGCAGUAAGUUCAAGUCGUUUGUUAUGUAUGUAAAACCAAAUUCAGAUGUAGAGUAGUUCAUAUAUAUGUUCAAGUGUUUGAGAUUGGAUUCUGA